UGAAAGCUGGUUAGUCGGCUAGUGUUGUCUUGCUCGCCUGGUCAGUGUGUUGUUUGCGUGUUCAUUUCUAUCACAGCGCGAACUGCAGAAUGAGUAAAUCUAGUUAUAAAACGGUUUGUAGUAGAAGUACAGAGGAACUCGAUAAGGUUGACAUGUCUUUAGAUGAUAUUAUCCGGCUGAAUAAGAAGCAGAAACACUUCCAGGCCCCGAGGACGAAGCGCAGAGUCCCGGUCAAAGGUCAAGGGAAGAAAUCUGUACCAUUUAGAAGAGGAGCUGUUGUGAACAAACGCCUCACUCGAAACCGCAAGCUUCCUCCCACAGUGGCCAGGCGUCGUGGACAGGGGGUCAUCACUGGUUUGGCUGUGAGAAAAAAUGCUGUCCUGUAUAAAGGGAUCAAUCCACUCAACCGACCCGUCCAGAACAGACCUGCUCCAAACAGUGCAGCUGUCAACCAGUACAGACAGAUAUGUAAUGUAAAUAAACUUAUUUUGUAUCCAAUUAAUCAUUCGACAGCACUAAUUUGUUUAUUUUUUCGAACUUGUUUCAGUGUGAAAAUGAUUGCCUUUUGCUGUUCAUCUUUUCUGUACAGGAAAACUCCGACUGCUCAGCAAACGCAGAGAGACGCACGACAGGCCACCUUCCUCUUCAGAAGAGGAAUCAAAGUUCAUACACAAGUUCACAAGACAAAGUCUACUCAACUCACACAGAGAACGCGCUCGUGGCGCACUCCUACAAACAGCAGUGGCAUCCUCACUGUGUCAAUAGACAACCCCACAGUUAGAACACAGCCCGAGCCGGCUCAGUCCUGGUCCCUGCACCCUGUGACUCCAGAGGAGCCCGAGAGGAAACCUCCUAAAGGAGUCGCCCUGCAGUUUGAUAUCAACAGUGUUGGGAAACAGACUGGAGUGACCCUGAAUGAGCGUUUCCGGCUCCUGAAAGACCAGCGUGUGGUGGCAGCACAGCAGAGCAGCAGAGGAGGUCGCUUCGUCACUGUGGCCUAGAGUCGAACUCUAAGACCCUGUUCCUGAGAUCAACUAC